AGACCUGGGCUGCUCCAGCUGUGUCCUGAGGAGCUGGACCAGACACAUCCCCUGGGGCUGGAGUUGAAGCUGAACCAAGUGGCCAUCCCAGUGUGAGACCAGAUUCCUGGCUGCAGGAACCGCUAUAGCCAGCGGGCGGGCGGCAGGCCUUUGCCCAGAAGCCCCAGUGCCCAGCACGCUGGCAAUCCACAGGCGGAAUGGCGCUGCAAGUGGAGCUGAUCCCCACCGGGGAGAUCAUCCGUGUGGUUCAUCCCCACAGGCCCUGCAAACUUGCCCUGGGCAGCGACGGGGUGCGGGUGACCAUGGAGAGCGCCCUGACCGCCCGUGACCGGGUGGGGGUGCAGGACUUCGUGCUGCUGGAGAACUUCACCAGUGAGGCCGCCUUCAUCGAGAACCUGCGGCGACGGUUCCGGGAGAACCUCAUUUACACCUACAUUGGCCCGGUCCUGGUCUCUGUCAACCCCUACCGGGACCUCCAGAUCUACACCCGUCAGCACAUGGAGCGUUACCGUGGAGUCAGCUUCUACGAGGUGCCACCCCACCUGUUCGCGGUGGCCGACACUGUGUACCGGGCACUGCGCACGGAGCGCCGGGACCAGGCAGUGAUGAUCUCUGGGGAGAGCGGGGCAGGCAAGACGGAGGCCACCAAGCGGCUGCUGCAGUUCUAUGCUGAGACCUGCCCAGCCCCUGAGCGGGGUGGUGCUGUGCGUGACCGGCUGCUACAGAGCAACCCUGUGCUGGAGGCCUUCGGAAAUGCCAAGACCCUCCGGAACGAUAACUCCAGCAGGUUUGGGAAGUACAUGGACGUGCAGUUUGAUUUCAAGGGUGCCCCUGUGGGCGGCCACAUUCUCAGUUACCUCCUGGAGAAGUCCCGCGUGGUCCACCAGAAUCACGGGGAGAGGAACUUCCACAUUUUCUAUCAGCUGCUGGAGGGGGGCGAAGAGGAGACACUGCGCAGGCUGGGCUUGGAGCGCAACCCCCAGAGCUACCUGUACCUGGUGAAGGGCCAGUGUGCCAAAGUCUCCUCCAUCAACGACAAGAACGACUGGAAGGUCGUCAGGAAGGCUCUCACGGUCAUCAACUUCACUGAGGAUGAAGUGGAGGACCUGCUGAGCAUCGUGGCCAGUGUCCUGCAUUUGGGCAACCUCCACUUUGCUGCCGAUGAGGAGAGCAACGCCCAGGUCACCAGUGAGAAUCAGUUCAAGUAUCUCACCAGGCUUCUUGGUGUGGACGGCUCAACAUUUCGGGAAGCCCUGACCCACAGGAAGAUCAUCGCCAAGGGAGAAGAGCUCCUGAGCCCGCUGAACCUGGAGCAGGCUGCGUAUGCUCGAGACGCGCUUGCCAAGGCCGUGUAUAGUCGAACCUUUACUUGGCUAGUCGGGAAGAUCAACAGAUCAUUAGCCUCCAAGGAUGCCCAGAGCCCCAGCUGGCGGAGCACCACGGUCCUUGGGCUCCUGGACAUUUAUGGCUUCGAAGUGUUUCAGCACAACAGCUUCGAGCAGUUCUGCAUCAACUACUGCAACGAGAAGCUGCAGCAGCUGUUCAUCGAACUCACCCUCAAGUCAGAGCAGGAGGAGUACGAGGCAGAGGGCAUCGCGUGGGAGCCUGUCCAGUAUUUCAACAACAAGAUCAUCUGUGAUCUGGUAGAGGAGAAAUUCAAGGGCAUCAUUUCCAUUUUGGACGAGGAGUGUCUGCGCCCUGGGGAGGCCACAGAUCUGACCUUCCUGGAGAAGUUGGAGGACACCAUCAAGCACCAUCCACACUUCCUGACGCACAAGCUGGCUGACCAGCGGACCAGGAAAUCUCUGGGCCGCGGGGAGUUCCGCCUCCUGCACUACGCUGGGGAAGUAACCUACAGCGUGACCGGGUUUCUGGAUAAAAACAACGACCUGCUCUUCCGGAACCUGAAGGAGACCAUGUGCAGCUCGGAGAAUCCCAUUAUGAGCCAGUGCUUCGACCGGAGCGAGCUCAGUGACAAGAAGCGCCCAGAGACGGUGGCCACCCAGUUCAAGAUGAGCCUCCUGCAGCUGGUGGAGAUCCUGCAGUCCAAGGAGCCCGCCUACAUCCGCUGCAUCAAGCCCAACGACGCCAAGCAACCCGGCCGCUUUGAUGAGGUGCUGAUCCGGCACCAGGUGAAGUACCUGGGACUGAUGGAGAACCUGCGAGUGCGCAGAGCCGGCUUUGCCUAUCGCCGCAAAUACGAGGCUUUCCUGCAGAGGUACAAGUCGCUGUGCCCGGAGACAUGGCCCACUUGGGCAGGACGGCCUCAGGAUGGGGUGGCUGUGCUGGUCAGGCACCUCGGCUAUAAGCCAGAAGAGUAUAAGAUGGGCAGGACCAAGAUCUUCAUCCGCUUCCCCAAGACGCUGUUUGCCACAGAGGAUGCGCUGGAGGUCCGGAGGCAGAGCCUGGCCACAAAGAUCCAGGCCUCCUGGCGGGGCUUCCACUGGCGGCAGAAAUUCCUCCGGGUGAAGCGAUCAGCCAUCUGCAUCCAGUCCUGGUGGCGGGGAACUCUGGGACGGAGGAAGGCGGCCAAGAGGAAGUGGGCAGCACAGACUAUCCGGCGGCUCAUUCGAGGCUUCAUCCUGCGCCAUGCACCCCGUUGCCCCGAGAACGCCUUCUUCCUGGACCACGUGCGCACCUCAUUUUUGCUCAACCUGCGGCGGCAGCUGCCCCGGAAUGUCCUGGACACUUCCUGGCCCAUACCACCCCCUGCCCUGCGUGAGGCCUCCGAGCUUCUGCGGGAGUUGUGUAUGAAGAACAUGGUGUGGAAGUACUGCCGGAGCAUCAGCCCUGAGUGGAAGCAGCAGCUGCAUCAGAAAGCCGUGGCCAGUGAGAUCUUCAAGGGCAAGAAGGACAAUUACCCACAGAGUGUCCCCAGGCUCUUCAUCAGCACACGGCUUGGUGCAGACGAGAUCAGCCCCAAAGUGCUGCAGGCCCUUGGCACUGAGCCCAUCCAGUACGCGGUGCCUGUAGUGAAAUACGACCGGAAGGGCUACAAACCCCGACCCCGGCAACUGCUACUGACGCCCAACGCUGUGGUCAUCGUGGAGGAUGCCAAAGUCAAGCAGAGGAUUGAUUACACCAACCUGACCGGAAUCUCCGUCAGCAGCCUGAGCGACAGCCUCUUUGUGCUGCAUGUGCAGCGCGAGGACAACAAGCAGAAGGGGGAUGUGGUGCUGCAGAGUGACUCAUGUGAUUGAGACACUGACUCAAGACGGCUCUUUAGCGCUGACCGUGUGAACAACAUCAACAUCAACCAGGGCAGCAUCACGUAUGCAGGGGGCCCUGGCAGGGACGGCAUUAUCGACUUCACACCUGGCUCAGAGCUGCUCAUCACUAAGGCCAAGAACGGUCACCUGGCUGUGGUGGCCCCACGGCUGAACUCUCGGUGAUGAAGGUGCCCACUGGGCCCUCCCACCUCCCAACGCUUUGCUUAUCCUCUCUUCC